UUCCACACUCCCUGAUGAGACACACAAUCCCUUUUUCAGGGUGCUCGAGGACGUGUCGGUACGCUAGUGAUAAAACUCAUAGAAGGAUUGUAUGGCCACACACUCUGUAAGAAGAAAGGGUGGUAUUCUUAUGAACAAAAGCGCCUUCGCAUCCGUUUCCCCUGAAAAGAGGAGGAGCUGCUUGGUUGUCUCUUCACUGGAGCCGCUGUCUGUAGUUGAAAGAGUUUAUGGGCUUCCAAAGUGUUGUGUUUUGGAGUUGUGUUCUUUAAGUUGUGGCUCUGAUUCUGUGGUUAAAGAAUGCUUUGUGAUUCUGCCCAAGAGAUGUUGUAGACGUCUGAUAGUACAUUCCCUUUAGAGGCAUUUUCUGUACCGUGUAGAAAACUUGCAGGCAGUCUUCCUGCAAAAAUGCUUGAAUUUUUAAGGCUGUAUCUUUUCGUUAUUACUCCUUUCCGGUUUUCUGUGAUGAGAUUCGGUGCAGCUCAUGGAAGAAAAUAAAUCUUUCUCCCGCUGCUUUUGCAGACACUCUUCUCUCCUGCUGGGAUUUCUUUCUAGCCAAGGACUCUUCCCAGGUUACAGUUUGGCAGCCAGUGAAUUGUUAAAACAUCUUUUUGCCAACAGCAUGGAUUGGGACACACAGCUCAGCUCUAUACUGACUGCAACAGACAGCAACAUGGCCAAAAUUAAGCAACGUCUGAACACUGCCAACAUCUCUUCCAAAGCUGAUUUGUUGCUAGACAGAAUAAAUACUGAGAGUACUGUUCUGACUGAGCCACAGACUGGACCAUCACCCCUGCAUUUCACAUGUGGAGCUCACCCAUGCUGUAGAAUGGCCACUGAGGAGCUUUCAGCCAUCAGCAAACAACUGCAUUCGCAAGCCCAGGUCAUAGAGUCCCUCACCCAGGCAGUACAACGGCUGAAACAAGAGAAGGAAUUGCAGCAGCAGAGUAUCAGUCACCUAGAAGAAGAGUUGGAUCGACUGCAGCACAAUCCCCACGGCGGCUUAGAAUCAGUGCUGGGAUGCAGGAUGGAAGGGCUGAAGAGUGAGCUCCUUAGUCUUCGGCAGCAAGUGUUUCAGCAGUCAGAUGGUGACUGCACCCCUGAUCCACUUUCCAGCCCUGGCGUCAUGCAAGAUAUGCUGGAGAGCAAGAAAGUCCUGUGGCAAGAGUACAAGUGCAUCAGAAGAGAGAUAGAACACCUAAAACACAAACUCGAUCAACAAGAAGAUGAUCUGUUCAACCAAGUGUCAGCAACUCAUGAGAUUAAAAGGACCCAAAGUCGAUACUGUAAGAUGCUGGAAGAUCUGAUGAACAGUCAUAAAGUUCAGACUCGGGAUUUGGACAAAGCUAGGAAUGAGACCCAGAGCACCCAGGAGGAACUCAGUCAUGUCAAAACAACAGUUACUGACCUAAAAGAACAGGUGAAAAGUCUGCACUUGGAGGAUAAACUGUAUGCUAUUCCGCUGAAAGACAAAAACAUUCAUCUGAGAAAAAAGAGACAAUUGCUGCAUGAUGAUGCCUUGUCAUCCCUUCUCAGUGACGAUUCAGCCUCUGAGUUCAGCCUCACAGAUGUCAGCUCCGAUGAACUCUUUAGUGAACCAGAAAAUGCCCAAAUUUCUGGUGACAAGAUUUCCAUACCAAGCUUGGAGCUGGAAACGAGUACCCCUGGAGGGGCAGCUGGUGGCAUGCUGGAGAGAGGAGAGCUCAGCAGUGAGCUCACCAUUACUCUGCCUGAGCUCAGCUUGAGUGACCUUUAAAGCAUCUCCUAAGAACUGCCUCAUUUCUUCCUUAUGAGAAAACAAAUUAAAGAGCAGAGAAACUGUGAACUAUUAUCCCACAUGCUCAACUGCUUUCUAUACAGAUGCAACAUGAGAUAGAGGAACAAUGUUACCUCUACCUAUGACCUAUGUGUUGUUGACACAUACAAAUAUUUGUAGAAAGGGGCUAAAAUCAUUUGAGAAAGGUUUGUGUAUUCUGUUCAGAAGCUUCCGGGGUUCCUUUCUGGAAAAGGAACAAUUGCAUUGCUGGUUCUUAUAUGUAUGAUGUGAAGCAUAUUGGCUCCCUACAAGGAACUGCUCAUUCUUAGCUGUCAUAAUUUGCAAUAUUGAAAACAAAUACUGAGGCUGAGCUGCAAGAGAAAAUAUUCUGGAAAUCAAUCCAGCUUCAACCAGAUUCUGUUCAUCUGUUUUACUGUGCAUACCUAUACAACAGCUCCUGGUGUUUCUGGUUCAGCACUGAGACAAAACCAGAAAUGAAGUAAACAGUGCACUAAGGAAAAAGGGAGCAUAUAUUAUAUUACACUCCUUGUACAGUUGAUGUGCUAUGUACACUAGCAGGUUCCCAGGAUAGGCUUACUGUGAUUUGAUGCAUGUUACAGCCCAGGAGGGGACGAAACCUGUGUGUGAGGGUCGUCUGUCUGAGAGGGGAUACCUAGCUUUUUUUUUUCUUGCCAGUUGAGCUGCUGGUGAACUAUGAUUUCCAGUGUACUAAACUAGUUUGAGCAGUAGUGGAGUUAAGGUUUGUGAAUUUUGUAUCAAGUGGUGAAGUAAGCAAAAUAUAGCUCAACGCAAUAACUAAAUGUUCUUCUGAUCCUUUUUCAGGAAAUGACAGAGGUAGGAAUAGAAUCAAAGAAUCCUGGUUGCCAUCUUUAUUUUAAGAACUUUCUUAAAGCAAUAUCAUGUAACUGGGCUUAGUAAACAGCAUUUGGAUAUGUUUUUAAACCAAGUUGAAAGCUUGUAGAAUAAGACCCAUCAACCACUUACUAGCCAAAGUAGUCAAGACACGUGGGGGCAAACUCCACACUAUAGGAAAUGCUUAUAAUAAAACCCUGAUUUCUAUUUAUUGAAAGGCAGUUGUGGGAUGCUGCCCAAUUUGAGCAGAGCAGGGCUGGGGCAGGAGCUAUGUAACUAUCAGCUGUUUUUCUGAUAUUUAAAAAAUUCCUUUCACCAACUAUUUACCCCUCGCAUGGGGUUCCAAAUGCAGGAAACAUGUGUUUAGAAUCCCAUGGAGUGAAACAAUGCAGGGAAAACAUUAAGCAGCCCCCAUCACCCCUUUCCUCAAACUUGCAGCCACCUUCACUUUUUUUUUUAAAGUCAGCUUCAUUCCAUUAAUUUGCUGCACAAAGUAUAGUUUGCUCUCUAGCUUCUUUGAUGGGGAAUCACUGCCCCAGGGACUACUUGCAGUCUUGCCACAGUGUGACACAGUGGGCACCUUUCUGCCCAAUGCCUUAACUGACUGUUAGUUUGUUCUUUUUCAUACCUCUGUAGUAAGUUGUACUCCAUGCUAGCGAAAAUAACAGUCUAUUUACCUGCUGUUCUGAGCAGAGGUGAUGUUGUCUGCCUCACUGCCCUAAAAUUCUUAAAUGUAAUAGAGAAGAUCUCCAGGUCUGGACUUGGUAACUCUUUUAAAAACUGGAAUUAAAUUACAGGCCUGAAUAAAUAGCUCAGUGUAAAAUCUUUUCCUGUGCCCUUCUUCUGAAAUUCGUAGACUGGAUUUUCAGAAGACAGGGUACUAGAUUACUGAUGGCUUUUUUCUUGCUUGUCAGUGCUUCUAUUGAAAGCUUGGAACUAAUAAAACUGACAAAAUCCCCUCAUCUUAUUCUGACUGUAUAAUGUAGCAGUUGGAGUUUGUGUGUGUGUGACACAUCAGCACAUUAAGCAAAGCUGUAUCUCCCACUACCCCCCCAAAAAAAAACACAACAGCUAGGGAAGCCUGUAUUAAAAGAAUCCUUCAAAAUACAGUAGGCAGCAUGUCCAAUUUCAGGGUAAAACAAUUUCAGAAAGAAAAAGAAUUACAGACAGGAAGGGAGGGGAAUUAGCCCACAGGGAAUUAAAUCAACAGAUGCUCCAUUGUAGUUCAAAGAGUGCUGGCAAGCAAUGGCUACUCCUAAACCUUAUUAGUUCUGGGCUGCUUUAACACACUGGGUGGUUUUUAGGGCUGGGGAAGUGUAGGCUGAUAAGUCUUAAUUAAUGACCUCUGGACAGAACAGUUUGUCACAAAGAACGUAACUGACUAUUUGUGGGACAAAUCCUGUGUGUGUUCACCAACAAAUUUGACAUUGGUCAUCCCUAGAGCUGAUGGUUUUGCUGGAAUUUAAGUUUUUGAUAAAUAGGAAGGGGUUGAGGAGAAAUAAAAAAAUUGUGAUAACCAAA